UUACAGGUCGGGCACAUGACAUUAUCCGGACUCGAGCGCAUAGAAAACGGAGUCCCACCUGGACACCCAAGAGGUCCUCGGAUGACCCGAGGCCCCAGUUGCAUCCAAGACGCUGUAGAGGAUAGGUGCACAUCUCGUGCUCCAGCCAGUGUUCCUUGUCGUUUCUUCAACUGGAUGUUCGGAACGGUCGCGAUGGAGAGACGCCGAGCGUGGUCUUGGCAGAGGACGCAGGUGGCGGCGGCGAUGGUGCUGGCGCUGCUGGCUGGAGCUGCGAGUUCCCAGAGCCUCCCCCCGCCGUGUGACAGCGAGAUCUACUGCCACGGAAACCUGCUCCACACAGUCCAGAUGGCCCGCCUCUACAAUGACUCCAAGCACUUCGUUGACAUGAGCCUCAAAGCUUCGCCCAACGACACCCUGAGGGCAUUCCAGGACCUCAUGGACGAGACAGGGAACAAGCCGUCGAAGGAGCAGGUCAAAGCCUUCGUCAACGAGAACUUCAACGAGCCCGGAUCCGAGUUCGUGAAGUGGACGCCCCCCGACUGGAACGCCAACCCCGAGUUCCUGGACAAGGUGGUGGACCCAGACCUGGAGAAAUGGGGAAGGAAGCUGAACGAGCUCUGGAAGGACCUCGGCCGCAAGAUUUCAGACGACGUCGAAAGGAACCCGGAAAAAUACUCGCAGAUCUUCGUCCCGAAUCCUGUCAUUGUACCUGGUGGGAGGUUCAGAGAAUUCUACUACUGGGAUUCGUACUGGACCAUCGACGGCCUCCUGCUGACGGGGAUGGAGGAGACGGUCAAGGGGAUGCUGGAUAACUUCAUCCAGAUGGUGAGCGCCUAUGGCAUGGUGCCCAACGGCGGCCGCGUCUACUACACUCGCCGGAGCCAGCCGCCCUACCUCAUCCCUAUGGUUAAGCUCUACAUGGACCAGACGAACGAUCUCGAGUUCCUCAGGACGCACAUCGACCAGCUGGUGGAGGAAUUCGAGUUCUGGGAAAACGAGCGAUCGGUGGAGGUCCAGGGAAGGUCAGGCAGGACGUACAAGGUCGCGCAGUACAGGGCUGAGGUCGGCGAGCCCCGGCCGGAGUCGUACAGAGAGGACUAUGAGCUGGCCCAUAAUCUCAGGUCCGAGGAAGCCAAGGAGCAGCUGUAUGUGGAACUCAAGUCAGGUGCUGAGUCUGGGUGGGACUACUCCACACGCUGGUUCAUCAACAAUAACACUAAUAAAGUUUAUGUUGUUGUCUUUGUCCUGGAGCCUGGCCUGGUGCCAGGUACACGGUUGCCAAGAGAUAUGAGGAGAAUCAUGGCACAAAGCACAGUUGGCGUGUUUAUGAUAGCACUAUACUUCGUGUGUCCUUUUUUGGUCCAUGGGAAAUACUCCUUGCUAAUUGUUAUGCUAUUGGCCUUAGGGCUCUGGGAGAUGUCCUCAACGCCAACUGACAUGGACUGUAAACUAGACUCGCACGCGCCGCUCAUUGUCGACAGCCAACUGGACGGCAGCCACGUUACUGGUGUCCCCACAUCCCUUGUGGAAAGUGGUGAGCAGUGGGACUUCCCCAAUGCGUGGGCUCCUCUACAACACCUGGUUAUAAUGGGCCUGUACAACGCCCGUUCCAUCCACCAUGAGGCGGAAAAUCUGUCCUUGAGCUUGGCUGAGAAGUGGAUCCGGACAAACUGGGAGGGCUACCAGCAGUCAAAGCCAAAUGCAAUGUUUGAAAAGUACAAUGUGAGCAUAAUUGGCCUACCUGGAGGAGGAGGAGAAUAUGAUGUCCAGUUAGGCUUCGGCUGGACGAAUGGCGUGGCGUUGCGUCUCCUGGAAGUCUUCAGUGAUCGCCUAACUGCAACUACUGGUGGAAGUUCUCAUCCAAAGGGUGCCUCUUUUGGCAUAAUGAUCUUAAUAGCUCUCCUUCCUUUGUCACUGCAAACGUUUAUUCAUGCUUUCCCUUAAGAACUUUCAACUGCUUUAGAUAACAUGGUAUUUAUACUGGGAAUAGGUAUGAAUGGGUAUGACAGCUUAAUAUCUUUUAUUUAAAAUUAACGUCUUCAUCCUUAUUCAAUGUAAUAUGGUGACACUGGUACAUUACUGUCUAUUAAUGGUGCAUUUAUUUAUAAUUAUUUUGUCUCUGACUAAAUGUAGUUUGAAGAAAAAAAAAGAUUUCAAAUAAUAUAAUACUGAAAAUUUCCUUUCAAAGACAUUUAGUUUUAAGUUAUAUACUAUAUUAAUCAAAUCUCUUUGAAUGUACAUAGAUUACAAAAAUUGGAUAUUCUUAUUGUAUUAGAAGAUAACAGUGAUUUAGUCUAUAUGAUCUCUAGUUGUGUGAUGCCUAUGUAAUAAGAAUUUCUUCUGAUAUACAGUAUUGUUAAUAGAGUAAUUAUUUUUUAUUCAAAUAAAAACUUUACUUUAGUAAAUGUUAGUAUGGACUUAAUUCUGUAGCUAUGUACAUUAUUAUAUUAUGAUAUUUAUGUGAGAAUAUGCAUGUUUUGAUAAGAAUGAAGAAUGAUAUUAAGAGUUUAACUCAGUAAUCAAAAAUAAAUAUGCCUGUUAAUUUAUAUCUAUGAGAAUGGACUUUAUGCCAAAGUGAAAUCUGUUAUCAAAAAUAUCCCUUUAUAGACCAAUAGUUUUCAAGAAGUAUAGCAAGUUCACGAUAGAUUUUUCACAGUUUGCUGUUGUAUGUAGAAAUUCAUUGGUCAUCCAGACUUCACCUUCCCACCCAAAGUCUUGGGGCAUUUUAACUAAUAUGCCAAAAACCAAAAAACUCCUACAGAUCAAACUGCAGUCAUGUGAUAAUUGGCAUUAGCUUAGGUUAGGGACAAUGAUUAAGAAAAAACAUGUGUUAUUUGUUCCUUUAGCAGAACUAUGAGUAGAUUGUAGCACAAACUUCAUAUUCAGGUUUGUGUGUAUGUGCAGGUGUGCGUGUGUGCUCAUGUGCGGGAUUGUGCUCUUAUGUAUGUGUAUUUGGUAACCCAGUCACACCAAACUACACACAUUAAUGAUCCACAUACACAUACAUCCCAUGCAUCCAUGUAUCCACAUUCAUACGCAGUAUAUACACAUAUAUGAUGUACAUACACUGAAGUGAUCAGUUUGUUGAAGUUUAAAAUAUCAGGAUUUAAAUUCAGUAGGAAAUUUAAAGUAAUCUAUAUGAUGUCUUUGAUGAACUAAAGUUAAAGAAAAACUGUUAAUUGUGAGGGGAUAUUAAGGGCAUCUAGGCAGAUAUACCGUGUGAUGUAACAUGUAAUUCUGAUAUUAAGUUUAGGAGAAGCUGUUAAGCAUGUAUGUUAUUAGAUACUGUAUGUUUUCUCCUUAUUAUUAUUAGGAUUUGAGUAAUUAAUAAGCUUCUGGUUUAAGUGACAGAAUAUUGUACCCAUCAUAGACCUUGAACAGGGAUGAUUUUCAAUCACAGAGAGGUAGCUAAAAACAAGUGCUGUGUCAUUUUCUUAUAUUAAGCUAUAUUUAUUUCAGCUUUUUAUCAAUGAAACAUGACACAGUGAACAGGUUAAUGUCAUACUAUUCAAAUAAAAAAUAAAAUAAAAGCAUUAUAGCACACUAAAUUUAUGGUAUCUACUGUAUUUAUUUAUAUUUAUUGAUUGCUAAUAUAAACCAUAAAUUACAAGUUUACAGAACUGUAAAUAGAGUAUUUGUGCAGCCAGCUAUGAUGAAGUACAUACAAGAAUUUUAAAAAUCAUACUGGAUAAGGUAAACUGUGAGAGCAAGUACUACAUUCAAAAUGAUAUACAAAGAAGAAAUAGCAUUUGUCAACGGAGGAUCAAUCAAAGGGAAUAGUAACCAAAUUCAAAUUUAUUCUUACUACCACAAACCCACAUUCCCAAAGGGGGAAUAUGUUUGUAUUUGUGGCAUUGUUUUAUUAGUUGUGUUCUUUUAUAGUAUAUUUUAGAGUCAAGAGCAUCUGUGAGAUGUUUUUUUCACUUUAGGUAGCAAAAAGUAUUUAAUUUUUGCUUUAGUUAUAUUAUUUUGUUGAUGUAAAUGUGUAAAUGUACACUUUGUUCUGUUCAUGCAGACAGUAUACUGGCCUUCUACAAGAGUCUGAUUUUUAGGCAUUACACAAAUUUCCAAAGAAAGAGAGAAUGCUUCCUUGUAAAUAUGAAUUUAAAUACAAAUAAGGAAAUUAAAUGUUUUACAUCUAAUGGUCUAAAUCUCAGUCAGUCAUCAAAUAUGCUGUCUUUAUUUUUUUUUGUUUAUUUAUUUACUUGUCAAUGAUACAGGUCUGUUGUCUGCAUGAAUAAGACUGACUGCAGGCUAUCAGUGAAACCUGAGUGAUAAGUUAGUGUUGCAUGUGUGGACUGAACUUUAAUAGGACUUCUUGAUAGUGGAGCUUGACAAAUAGCCUUUUUGUCUUGGCGUCUUGUGAAUAUCGGAUCCAACAGUUUUAAAUACUGCAAAUUGCAUAACAAAGAUAUGAAAGAUUAGUUACAAAGCAUUUGAAAUAGAAAAUGCUAUCAGAGACAAAAAAUUCAACCUAGUUCUCUAUGAUGAAGUCUUAACAAAAGUUAAUUGAAUGUAUUUAGUAGUAUGAAGUGUUUCAUGUGUUUAGAGCCCAUAAGGUAUCAAAAUAUUCUUUGUGAUAUUUAGAUAUCUCUUUUUUAGUAAAAUGUAAGAUAUUUGUAGAGAGAAAGGAAGGAGAAAAGGAAACAGAUCCACACCCAGCAUUAUGUGAAACUGUAACCCCAAAAAUAGAAGAGAGAUAGAUCACUUUUAAAUGCUUCUGUUUGAUAGAUUUUGUUACAUAAGAGAAAACAACACCAGGUAUCAUUUGUGAAAACUAAAGAACUGUUUAAUAAGCUUUAGACGAUAUGGCGUAGGACUUCUAUAAAACUUUUGUAGUAACAGUUUGGUUAUUUUUAGGAAUACUUUUGUUGGCCAGUCAUUAUUAUUAUUAUUAUUGCCAUUCACAUGAUUUUUAAUAUCUUGUUAAUAUAUUGUUAUUAUUCUUAUUCUUAUUCUUAUUCUUAUUAUUGUUAUUAUUAUUAUUAUUAUUAUUAUUAUUAUUAUUAUCAGUAUUAUUAUUGUUAUAAUUAUAAUAAUAAUAAUUAUUAUUAUUUUUAGUAUCAUUAUUAUUGUUAUUAUUGUUUUAUUAUUAUAAUUAUUAUUUUAUUAUUAUUAUUAUUAUUAUUAUUAUUAUUAUUAUUAUUAUUAUUAUUAUUAUUAUUAUUAUUAUUAUUAUUAUUAUUAUUAUCAUUGUUAUUAUUAUCAUUAUUAAUGCUGCAUUAUUAUAUUGAUAGUUAUUUGUGCAGUCAUGAUGAGGAUUAUAUUUACAGUAUUAUUGUUAUUAUUGUUACUAGUUGACUGUUAUUGAUAAAGGAAUUUAAUCUUGAAAUGUUUAUUAUGAUGUACUAUAAUAUUGAUAUAGUAUUUAUUUUUAGAACUUUGUAUUUCUAAAUUGUUAUGGUAUGGUGAUUAUUGUAUAUACAUUACUUAUGGUAACAAUCAUUAUUUUUUUUUAUCACUGUAACAAUUAGUAGUGCAAUAUAAGAAGUAAAGAUAUUUUACAUUUCAUUUCAGUUCUCAAUGGAAUAUAGAAAUUUUGUAAAGAUGAAAAAAAAAAUCAUAAUGAAAUUCAAUAAUUUGCAUUUGUAAUUAAAAACACUUUCAUGUUAACUGUGAAGGAACAAUGUUGACUGUAGUUGCUGCACUCAGCACUCACUUUGCUCUUUGCUAGUUGGGACAUUAUUUGGUAUACUGGAGGACUGUAUAUCUAAUUUAUGUCACCUGUAGUGUAUUUACUGUUGUAUAACCUAUUAUGUGUUGUUGGUGAAAAAAAAAUAAACUAUGAAAUUUU